AUGGGAGGGGCUACAGACGAUCUUGAACUUGUUGACGUCGUCAAUGCAGAUGGCUUAACAGCAUUUGUGUUGCUGCUAUACAAUGAAGAUGACGUCAAAGUUGAUAAUGUCAUUGGUGUCGUUGUUGUUGUCGGUCUCACGGCGGUUGCUCCUGCUGUUGCAGAGUUCAAUAUUGUUGCUGCUGCUGCUGUUCCGUGCUGUGUGAAAUGUAUCGCUGUUGUCGCCGCUUUUGUCGCUGAGACUUCAUGUGAAAUAGGAGAGGCGUUAGAUUUUUGGGCUGCUGAAUGCGUUUCAUUGAAAAUUAAAUUGAAUUAG